CACGGUGGGCGGAAGCGCGCUGUGCAUUUGCUAGAGCGGAUAGGCGACCCUGCCGGGGCCCCCCCAACCACCAUACGCGCUGGGAAUUCUAAUCGGGGUGGCGUGCAGGACAUCCCCGCUGCCACACGCCACGCCAUGGACAAUGCCGAAGGCGCAGCCGUGGUGGACGGUGGAGAGAAGUUCGUGAUUACGGGCGGCGGUGGAUAUUUUGGAUGCAGGCUCGGCGCGGCGCUGGCGGCGCGUGGACACCGCGUGCUGCUGCUGGACCUCAUGCCUCGGCCACCGUCCGUGCCGCUCGCUCCCGGCAUCGACUUCCGCCAGGGCGACGUUACGGACGAGCGCUGCCUCGAAUCGGCCUUCGCCGGUGCGGACUGCGUGUUCCACACGGCAUCGUUCGGCAUGUCUGGCCGCGAGCAGCUGAAGCGUCGCCGGAUCGAGGAGGUGAACGUGGGCGGCACGGAAGCCGUGCUGCGUGCAUGCGUGAGCGCCUGCGUGCCGCGCCUCGUCUACACCAGCACCUACAACGUCGUGUUUGGCGGGCAGGUCAUCGAGAACGGUGACGAGUCCCUCCCCUACCUGCCCCUGCACAAGCACCCGGACAACUACUCGCGCACCAAGGCCGUCGCCGAGAUGGCGGUGCUGCGCGCCGACGGCAGCGCCCUCGCCUCCCGUCGGCCCGGCGCGCUCCGCACGUGCGCCCUGCGGCCCGCCGGGAUCUACGGCCCUGGCGAGCGGCGCCACCUGCCGCGCGUCGUGAGCUACAUCGAGCGCGGCCUCUUCGCGUUCGUGUACGGCCGGCCCGACAGCCGCGUCGACUUUGUGCACGUCGACAACCUGGUGGACGCCCACGCGCUCGCGGCCGACGCCCUCCGCGCCUGGCAGGGCAGCCCCGCCGGCGGGCAGGCCUACUUCGUGUCGGACGGCAGGCCCGUCAACAACUUCGAGUUCUUCCGGCCGCUCGUCGAGGGGCUCGGGUACGAAUUCCCGCGCACGCGGCUGCCCCUGCUCCUCGUGUACGCCGUCGCGUUUCUCACCGAGUUGCUGCACGCGGCCGUCGGGUGGGCCGUCGACUUCCAACCGCUGCUGACACGCGCCGAGGUGUACAAGACGGGCGUGACGCACUACUUCAGCGUGGGCAAAGCGCGCCGGGAGCUGGGAUACGCGCCCGCCGAGAAGGAGUUCGGCGAAGUGGUCGAGUGGUUCCGGCAGCGCGGUUACGGGAAGCGGCGCCAGCAGCAGCGGCAUGGCCGCUUCGGCUCCGUGCUUCGAGACCUGGUGCUCAUCGCCAUUUUCGCCGCGCUGGUUUUGGCGUUUCUUCCGACCGUCACUACCGCGCUUUCGGACAGCUGACGUUUGGGCGAAGAUGAUCCACGGGUAAUGAAAAGUCUCCACGUGACUUUUUGCGACCCUUUCAGUGGCGCCGAUCAGUGCAGGUUUGUGAAAGUUGGGGGGAGGGGAGCAUAGACAUGGGAGUGCUGGACUGCCCUCUGCUGCCCACAACGUAGCCCCACAGGGCACCAAACGAAUAACGCUCGCGUUACUUGCAUUCCAGUGCGGCGCAUUCUGCUACCGCGCAAUAAAUAAUGUCAGACUGCUGGGUAAUCACGUCCCUCCGCUAUCUCUUCCGGUGGACAUUUCUCCCAUUCAGUGGAACGCUUCUCUCCUGCACGCCGCCCUUUAGCACGACGGGGAAUAUUCACUUCGAAUAAUCAAGAAGAGAUGACGUGGGUGCCGAUGUUGAAUUAAUGGGGCGCCACGGUGGCGAGAUGUUGACUACCUCGCCUGGUAUAAAGUAGGUAGAGGUUUCGAUCCCGACCCUGACACCUGUAUAUUUGGAGUUUGCAUGUCUCUCUCCCCGUGGUCGCGUGGAUUUUUCUCCAGGUCCCUCCAGGUUUUCCCUCCCCAUUUAAAAAACAUGCAUUUAGAGUAUUUGGCUGCUAUACAUUUCCACAUGAUAAGCCACUUCAUUGGUCUAUCAUUUGUGAUGGCCAGGUCGCUUCUGAAAGCGCUACAUAGCUCAGGUGGGCCUUAACUGGUCAAAUAAAACACAUUGUCCUGCGGAGGGAGCUGGUAGGAACGUUGGGUUGCUCGGUCAAUGGCCAGGGUCGACGGCGGCGUGGUGUAUUCCGCAAAUAUGGCCGACUGUGAGAGCGGGCACAAGCCGACGUGAGUAGGUUAAACGUUGAGUUUUAUAAGGGCACCACGGGGUGACUAGCCCCUCCCCACCCAGCCCCUCCCCACCCUCCCUUCCCCUCCCCACCAUCCCUUCCCCUCCCCACCCUCCCCAACCUCCCCACCCAGCCCCACCCCUCCCAUGUUUGGAUGCACGACGGACGGACACAAUAAUCCCCUGUGGGCUGGUGUAACCAGGAGGUUCCUACCAGUAAAAUAGUUUCAAUAGUUGAGAUAAAUCUGGAGUCAUGCUGAACAGAGAUGGAGACUCCACUUUCCCGCAUCCGUUGGACUAUUUCCAGCAAACCUUGGUGAAAAAAAAACAUUUCAUUCCAAUUAAUUUUGAGGGGCGUGUAUUAUUGCUGUUAAAAGAAAACAAUGGGCUUUGGGUGUUUGUAUGUCCACAAUAAAGACCACUCGGCAGCUUCUGGAAGUAAAUGUUUUAUUGGAAAUUACAUGAUCGAUAUGGAUAAACAGAGAGCAAUGACAUGCCUACACGGAGAGCCAGUUUGUAGUCUACAAAGAUGAGACUCGAAAAAAUUAAGGGAGGUGGUGGGGGGGGGGAAACAAUAUAAAAAGCGACACACACAACGUAGUUUAUUAACGACUAUGUUUUAAAGUAUUAAACGCAACUGAACCUCGGCAGCGGUUUGACAAAUACAUGAUUAAAA